AUGUCUCACAACUACCCGUACAGACGCCCGCCGCCGGACACCGAUCUCCGACAGAAUCUAGGAACUUACAGCUCCUCAGACCGCCAUCAUCCCGCCACACCAACGCACCACGACUUUUACAGAGCUCAUCAGGAGCCGCCGCCGUCUCGUCCGUCAUCCUUCUCCUCGUCCUACACAUCCUCUUCUUCCUCCUCCAGAGGCUUGGCGGUGUCGGCGGGGGCGGCGGCGCAGUUGCCCCCGUCUCAGGUCUCGCCGGACGGCGCUUUGAGCAUCCUGAGCAGCUGCGGUCUGGAGCCAAGCGACCUGGCUCUGCUGGCCGAGCUGCCCGAAGACGUCCUCACCGUGGAGUCGCUGCCUCACCUGCUUCAACAGAUCAAAGGCAAGAAAGGGACGGUCAAACCUUUCCCCCCCAAUGCUCCUUCCUCCUCCUCCGCUUCCUCUUCCUCCUCUUAUCCUGCCAGCGCUGUGCGGCGUCCUGCAGGCGAGUGGGAUCAUCUCCGCAAUCAGCCGGUCCAGUACCCGUUGGACCAGCUCCCCUCCAAUCCUCUUCCCUCUGAGCAGGUUCAGGACCGCUGGGGAACGCGCAACAGCAGCUCUGUCUCCUACACGCCUUCCUCCAGGACUGACCCACCACCACCACUACCAUCAUCAUCAUCAUCAUCCUCUUCCUCCAGCUACAUGGUGGACUACAGCCACAGAGGUGGCCCCUCUGAUUAUGGUAAGACGGUAAGAGACGCCGGUCAGACUUCCUCUCAGGAUCGACACUUUUUCAGCUCGCCGGCGGCAGGAAGAGGCAGAAGAAGUCGUCCGUCCCGUUUCUCUCAGCCAGCUGAUUACAGGUCAGCUCCUCCUCCUCCUGAGGAGUACCAUCAGAGACCUCGGGCAGUACGCCGUGAGUUUGAAGCCUCUUCCAGCAGGAGCAGCAGCAGCAGCCGAGUCUCUACCACCAACACCCCCGCCCCCCCUGCCCCCGCCGCUACCUUGCCUUCAACGAAGGAAGCUCUGGACUUCCACGGGACGACGCCAACAGUGUACCCGUACUCGUGCUCUCUGUGUGAUAUCACUGUGCUGUCAGAUAAGGUCUGGAUUAAACACAUCAACGGCACUCAGCAUGCAGACGGACAGCUCAGCCUGCUGCAGCAUUUUCCAAACUGGGACUGUCGCCUGGAGACGGUCAGCAGGUUCGACAACCAACCGCAGAAGAGGAAGGAUGAAGGAAAACCCGCCCAGCUGGACCAGAUCAGACCAGAUCUGGCCAAUCAGAGCACCAAGCCUCAGCCCAAUAAAAAGUCACAAAAGAAGGCAUCAGAGAAAGGCAAAGUGGUGUGUGUGAAGUUUCCUCCUCAGUCUGUGGACGAGACGUAUUUGAGGAAACUGAGCGAUCCGUUCGGGAAGAUCGUAAAGAUCCUCAUGUUUCCAUCUUUGGCGUUUGUGGAGCUGGGCUCCGUGGACCAGGCGAAGGAUCUGGUGAAGUUUCACAACAACUAUCCUCCGACUGUGAACGGAGAGCAGAUGGAGUUCAGCAUCUCCAACACCUUCAACUUCCUGCAGAGCUCUCGGGUGGUGAGUUUCACCCCGACUCCGACGGGAGAGGACGGCCAAUCAGAUCUCAUCAGCAUCGUCAAACGCUUCGGCCCGCCGCUCUACACUCUGUUCCUGCCGUCUAUGGCGUUUGUUGAGAUGAAAAUUGCCACCGACGCUGAGAAGCUGGUGGAUUAUUAUUCUUCUAACACUCUGAGGAUCAACAGCGACUUCAUCAAAGUUUCCUUCUCUGGAGAAUACAAGAGUCUGAUGCGCGUCCAAUCAGCAAAGAGGUACGAAGAGGAAACGGAGGCCAAGAGGAAGAGGAGUCCGAGCACAGAGCGAGAAGACAAGAGGACGAAGAGCGGCAGGACGGACAACGAUGGUGAGACCGAGACCGCGAGGACUGACGGGGAGAAGACCAGGUCCAGCACGGAGAGGAACAGGUCCAGCACGGAGAGGAACAGGUCCAGCACGGAGAGGAACAGGUCCAGCACGGAGAGGAACAGGUCCAGAGAUACAACCAGCAGAGACAAGAGAAGCAGGUCCAGAUCUAAGUCCAAGUCUAGAGAUGAAUCCAGAGAAACGUCCAGCAGCAGAUCAUCCAGGCAGAACCGGUCUAGAGAGAGGAGGAGCAAGUCUAGAGAGAGGAAGACAAGGUCCAGAGGCACAAAAUCACGGUCUAGGUCUAAAGAGAGGAGGUCUGCAUCCAGAGAGAAGAGGAGCAAAUCAAGAUCCAGAGAGAGGAGGUCCAAGUCCAAAGAGAAGACUGCGGCUCCAGAGAAACUUGUAAAAUCUGAGACAACAGAGUCCCGGACCGAAGCCGAACCUCCUCCCAAAGACUCUGAACCUGAAACUGCAGAGAAAGAAGCGAGCGAGCCGGAAGCAGACGAGUCGUCUGCAGAGGAGAGCGACAUCGAGGGGAUGGAGGUGAUCGGAGAGGACGGAGAGAAUCUGGAGGAUGAAGAUCUAGAAAAAGAGGAGGAGGACGAAGAGAAGGAGGAACAAGGUAGAGAUAAAAAAACUGAGCUUCCUGAGGAACCAGACUUCCCAGUAGAUCUGGAGAACUGCAUCACUCUGGAUGAAGUGGAAGAGUCUGAUGAGCCGGUUACUGAAGGAGAAGAAGAACAAGAGGAAGAAGGCAGAAAUGAACCGGAGGGUCCGUCCACCAGAGUGGUUUACUUCAGUAACCUGCCGCUGUGUUUCUACACUGACGUCCAGUUCAUCGGACUGGUGAAAGGUUUCGGGACGGCGGUGCGCUACUUCCUGAUCCGCCGCCGCCGAGAGGGUUUCAUCGAGAUGUCGAGCUCGUCGGAGGCUGUGAGAGCUGCUUCAGAGCUCAGCUGUAAAUCUGUCUGCCUCAACGGCUCCAAACUCACCGUCCACAUCUCCCACAAAUACUCCCGGCUCACUGCAGGGUGGCCGGUUCAGUCAGACGAGGACAUGAACGACGAGCGAAGGAGUCAAAGCAGCAGCAGGAGGAGCGAGAGACGAAGCAAAUCCAAGACAUCAGAGGAGGAGGAGUCCAGAGCGAGAAAAGAAAGAGAGUCAGGGUCCAGAAAGACUCCAGAGAGAGAGUCAGGGUCUAAAAGGACUCCAGAGAGAGAGUCAGGGUCCAGAAAGACUCCAGAGAGAGAGUCAGGGUCCAGAAAGACUCCAGAGAGAGAGUCAGGGUCCAAAAAGACUCCAGAGAGAGAGUCGGGGUCCAAAAAGACUCCAGAGAGAGAGUCAGGGUCCAAAAAGACUCCAGAGAAAGAGUCGGGGUCCAAAAAGACUCCAGGGAGAGAGUCAGGGUCCAAAAAGACUCCAGAGAGAGAGUCAUUGGACAGAAAGACUCCAGAGAGAGAGUCAGGGUCCAAAAAGACUCCAGAGAGAGAGUCAUUGGACAGAAAGACUCCAGAGAGAGAGUCAGGGUCCAAAAAGACUCCAGAGAGAGAUGAAGAAAGGAAGGAGAGGAAGACAUCAGAGGAGGAUAAAAAGACUCCAGGAGAGACGGAAAAUAAGGAAAACCUGCUGAAGAGGAAAGCGAGCGAUGAGAGCGACUCUGAAAAAAAGAUUGUGAAGAAAGAGUUGACGAGAGAAAAGAGUGAAGAAGAGUCAGAGAAGGAUCCAGAUCAACCAGACUCCACUGCAGAUCCUCAGAGACCACAAGCAGAGCAGGAACCAGCAGAGGGCGCCACCGCUCCACUGAAACCCUCCAAACCUGUUGGGACAGAGUUUGUUCGUCCGGUCGUCGGUUACUUCUGUAACUUGUGUCAUGUGAUCUACGCCGACGAGGACGAGGCCAAACUACAGCACUGCAGCAGCCAAUCACAUUACGCUAAAUACCAGGAGCAGACGGGGAAAGAUCCGUGGACGAGCUGAACACCAGAAACCGAGAGGAGCGUCUGACUCUUAAUAAACCGUCUUUGAUCUGAAACUCC